AUGGAAGCCGCCGUCCAUGAUCAAGGUCACCACGCUGCCGCAGCGAUCAAUGGCGACCUGGCGGUCGAGCUCGUCGGAGAGCGCAACAAUGCUGCCGCUUCCGUCAUUCCCGUGGUCGGGCAAGAAGGGCGGCCCGAGGAAAGCGCUCGCCGCCUCGUCCGGAGGCUCCACCCGGCGUUCGUCGCGCGCGCGUGGUGGCGCUGGCUGAAGCACCCGGCGCACCUCGCCCUGGUGGCGUGGGCGCUCUGCGUGGCAGCGUCGGGCUCCAUGCUGGGCCUCCUCCUCCUCGGCGCCCUUGACGGCGCCUUCCCGCGCCGGUCCCUCCGCAACCGGUGGAUCGAGGUCAACAACCAGGUGCUCAACGCGCUCUUCACGCUCAUGAGCAUCUACCAGCACCCCGCGCUCUUCCACCACGCCGUCCUGCUCCUCCGGUGGCGCCCCGGCGACGCCAAGGAGCUCAGGGAGGCCUACUUCCGGAAGGUCGCCGGUGCCGGCGCGGUGGCGCGCCCUCGCCGCGGCGAGCGGGGUCACAUGUCCGUUGUGGUCGCGCUCCUGCACGUCGCCUGCUUCGCGCAGUACGCCAUGUGCGGGCUCUACUGGGGGUACUCCCGCAAGGCGCGGCCGGACGCCGCCGAGACCUCGCUCGUCGUUGGCGGCACCGCCGCGCCGGUGAUCGCCGGCCUGUACAUGUAUUUCAGCCCGUUGGGGAGGAGACGCGGUGGGCCGAGCGUGCACCAAGAACCGGACGAUCGCUCUGCCACCGACGACGACGGUGGCAGCAUCGCCGCUGAGGCGGCGGCCGGCGCGGAGGGGGCGGAGUGGGCAGGCGGGCUGCUCGACGUCGGCGACGACCCCACGGCGUGCUGGCUCUCGUGCCUCUGCACCUUCUGCGUGUUCGGGUGGAACAUGGAGCGCCUGGGCUUCGGGAACGCGUACGUGCACGCCGUAAUGUUCGCGCUGCUCUGCUUCGCGCCGCUCUGGGUGCUCAACGCCGCCGCAGCGAACAUUCGGGACGAGGCCGUCGGCGACGCGGUCGGCGCGGCGGGGGUCGUGCUCUGCGCGCUCGGCCUGCUCUACGGCGGGUUCUGGCGCGCGCGGAUGCGGCGAAAGUACGGGCUCCCCGGCGGUGACACGUGCCGCGCCGGCUCGCCGUGCCUUAUCGACUACCUCCGGUGGAUGUUCUGCUGGAGCUGCGCGCUGGCGCAGGAGGUGCGAACGGCGAACCUCCUCCUCGACGUUGAGGCCGGCAGCGUCCACCGGAGAGACUCCGACGGCGGGCGAGCUGAUGCUGGCGUCAUCACCCUGCAGCCUUUGCCGAGGGAGAACGGGAUCAAGCCGUCUUGUCAGGGAGGGUCUUCGCAUCCUGCAACGCCGGCGAUCAUUUACGCCCACCCUGUUCGGCUGGCGAAUUACUCUCCGUGUCGAGGCGACGAGUCGCCAUUGCUGCGGCAGGAGCAGUGUAGUAGUUCUUCUUCUGGAGAAAUGACGCCACCUGUCCCGCCAUUGAUAGAGAAAGACGAAUGCGGUCGUGGUCAGUGACAGAGUAGUAAUCUUUCUGCACUCCCGGAAUGCAAAUAUGCGUGUGCAGAGUCCUUGUUUCA